AUUUUCAACUUCCUCGGUGUCGUCCUGAUCAAUGUCUUCACUCAACGGCCGAAGCUCCAGCGGUCCCCUUUAUUGGGGCCCUUUUUGUGUUUUCGAGUGGUCACCAAAGGGCUGUACCCGGAACUCGUGAACGAGAAUAUGAAACUGAAUCUUCAAGUGUGCCGCAAAGUUGGCCUACACAACUAUAUCUUUGAGGUUGUUACCGACAUCCCCAUUAAUCUGAAGUCGACGAAAGACAGCCGGGAAAUUCUGGUACCCAAAAACUAUAAAACAUCAUCCGGGUCUCUAUUUAAAGCGAGAGCACUCCAGUACGCCUUAGAACCGGAAGUAGACAUAUUAAGCCCCGGGGAUUGGAUCGUCCACCUUGACGAGGAGACGCUUCUGACCGAAGAAGCAGUGAUAGGCAUCAUCAACUUCACUGGAGCUGGAGAACACGCUUUUGGUCAAGGUGUCAUCACAUACGGAAGUGGGAAAAUCAUCAACUGGGUGACAACCCUGGCCGACUCUAUACGGGUUGGUGUAGACUACGGUUGUUUGAGGUUCACGUUAGGCAUUCUUCAUAAACCAGUCUUCAGUUGGAAAGGAUCCUUCAUAGUGGCGGACGCCGAAGCAGAGAAGAAAAUCUCCUUCGAUCACGGUCCGGAGGCUUCCAUCGCGGAAGACUGCUUCUUCGCCUGCGUGGCUUUCAGUAAAGGUUACAGCUUUGGCUUUGUGGAAGGAGAAAUGCUGGAGAAAAGCACGUUUACCCUCAAGGAUUUCAUCCAGCAGCGCCGACGCUGGAUGCAGGGCAUUUUACUGACAGCGCUUAGCGCCAAGAUCCCUCUCAGGUACAAACUCGGCCCCGUGCUGAUGAGCUUCUCAGGGUGCACACUUCCAGCCAACCUCCUUAUGGUCCCAAUCAGCCUUAUCUGGCCACUACCGUCCUCACCCAUCAUUACCGUCACCUACAGUUUCAUCUUGGGAACUAUCCUCUAUUUGUUUAUCCUAGGCACACUCCAGACGUUCAGCGUCCACCGGUAUGGCAUCUGGAAGUGUAUUCUCCUCGUCUUAGCCACGAUGAUGUGUGGGUUAGUAGCCUGUAUACUUGAGAACAUUGCCUCCAUUCUGGUAUUCUGGUUCCCGAGGUCAUCCGUGGCCAGCUUUUAUGUUGUCAAGAAGGAGGUCCCCAGUGACUGUAUAAAAAUGGUUUAA